ACGCUCCAUGGGCUCGCGCACGAACAUGAACUUGAAGUAGUGCUGCAGCCGGUAGCGGAUCCCCUCCGGCUUGAACGAGGACAGAAAAGUCAGGUCGUUGCGGUGAUCCAUCUUGAUUUUGACGUCCACGUUCUCCAGCGUGCCGCCCAACACCUUCAGCACGCGCUUCCAGUUGGAGCAGGCCACCUUGGGCACAUAGCAGUACAGGAAGCGGUACUCGUCGUUGACCAGCACAUGCUGCAGCAGCGUCUUUCUCUGCUGAGGCGUCAGCGACCACAGGCUGUGCGGCAUGUUCUUCUGGCUGCACAUGGACGUCAUGGUCCGGUUUCGGAUGUCCUGCAGGAUCUGGACAUGAAAAGGAUUGCAGUGUGCCUCACCACACCCUCCUCCUCCUUCAGGCGCGUGCAGCGGUGCGUGUGCAUGCUUCUCGCUGUCUGGUACGCGCAUCCUCCUCAUCCUCAGCGGCAACAAAAGCGUCGAAGACACAACGGGAAGAAAGCACCGAGCGAUCGCCAGAAGCGAAGGCGGCAGGGGAAGUUCCAACCUUUCAAGCGCCUCUUUGGGAAGAAGAAGCAGAAGAGGGAGGCCCAGGGGGGCUUUGAUGGGGCGCAGGUGUGCAAUGGCGUUGUGUCCGACGACGAGAAUGCCAGUCAAAGUCUAAGGGAGCUGCAACCCGUCGGAUCUCGAGCCCUCUCGCACGAUAGCAUCUUCAUCCCGGAGGAGUCGGCCAAGCAGGCCGGCCUGGAUCACGCCAUGUCCCAGGAAAACGUCUCGGACAAAGUGAAGAAUCUGCAGAAGCAGAUCGCGCAGACUAUCAAGUUCGGCCAGAGGCCUCCUUCUCUGAGGAGAAGCGAAGGAGAUGAGGGAAGCUCCGAUGAGGAGGAAGCUCCCCAGAGUCCUCUGAGGGUGACGGCCCAGGUUGAAAUAUCAGAGCCUGCAAAAGCGGAGCCAACGGUCCAAGCGGUCCCUCAAGCAAAAUCACACGGCACCCCUGUGAAGUCCCCCAGGUCCAAAAGAGUUCUCCCGCCCGGCGGUACCAUCGAGUCAGUCAACCUGGAUGCCGUUCCGCAGUCAGCGUCCUUCCUGGACAACACGGCCGCCAAGCAUAAACUGUCCAUCAAACCCAAGAAUCAGAGGAUUUCACGCAGGCAUCGGCGGUUCACGCAGGACCUCCAGGAAGUUUCCAUCCCUGGCGUGGUGGAGGAAGACGCGGAAGUGGCAGGCGUCUCCACAGAGCGCCGACGCAAAUCAUCCACGGAAGAGUCCCUGGAAGCCCUCAAGAAGCACAGAGCAGAAGAGGACGCACUAGAAGCAAAGUGGAAGAGGGAGCUGGAGGAAGAGGAGAGACGGGAGCGAGCAGAGCAACUGAGGAUCGAAGAAGAGCGUAAGCAGCGGGAGGAGAAGGAAGAAGUAGAGAGGAGGCUCCGCGAGGAAGAGGAGAGAAGGAGGAGGAACGAAGAGAAGAAGCAACGAGAGGAGAAAGAACGCAAAGAGGAGGAGGCGAAGAGAAUAAGGGCGGAGCAAAGAAGGAAGGAGGAAGAGGAGGCGAGGAGGCAGUCGGAGCUGGAGGCUCAGCGACUACGUUUGGAGGAAGAGGAGAGCAAGAAGAGGAAGAAGGAAGCCGAGAAGGAGAAGCUACGGCAGAUCCAAGAGAAGCGCAAACUGUCGGCAGAAGAAAAGGCGGACGGUGGCUCGGAUCCUCAGGAGAGGAAGAGACGAGCCGAGGAGCUUCGCUGGAAGGAGAUGGAGGAGCGCCAGCGGCCUUUCUCCUUCCAAGUUUCCUCUGGAGAAAAAGAAAUCCUCUUCCCGAAGGUUAACCUGACGCCCGUUACGGCAACCUCCGCCAUCCAUGGAACCACUGUCCAUCAAAGAGAGCGGACCAAGUCCUCCUCUGAAGUACCGGACUCCCCCAACCGGCAGACUUCUCCUUAUGUCCCUCACACCGCCAUCUUGGUGACUGGCACGCAGCUGUGUGCCACAGCAGUCAAUCUGGACCAGAUCAGGGACCCUGCCUGCAAGUCCCUCCUAGGUCUCGGCGAGGACCGGAAGUCCCAGGGAACGCCACCCGCCAAGACCAAGACGAAAUCCCUCACCGAGUCCGUUGAGACGGACCCUGCCGGCGCAGCCGUGCUGGCUGAGUGGGCCACCAUCAGGUCCAAGAUAUUCAAAGGUGUGGACGAGGGCAGCGAGUACCCAGACCCGAGCAGGAGCCAGCCCCAAGUCGAAGACCAGCACGAGUUUGCCCACACGCACCUGAGGAAGGCCACGUCCGCCAGCGCAAAGUUCUCCAUCACGCCCGCCAAGAACAAAUUUGGAGAUUCAAAAAGGGAUUCGGAAUGUUCCACUUACAGCACGUCAGAUGAUAAAGCGGGAGAGGAUGCCGCGUCGUCCGACGCGUCUGCUUCCGCCUCGCCGGCCGCAAGCCGGAAAACUCAGAACAGGACGAGUAAGACUGUCCGCAUUGCAGAAAGAGCAGCGGACGAGUGCGUGUUUGCCAAAGACCUCCCGUCGUUCCUCGUUCCCAGCUCCGGAGUCAAGGCUCGUGAUCGUAGUGCCUCGGCGGAGCCCGAAAGCAGGGUGAAGGCCGAGGAACCGAGUCGGGACGGCGGGGACACGUCGUCGCCGUUUGGCAUCAAGCUGAGGAGGACCAACUACUCACUCCGGUUCCACAGCGAGCAGUCCAUGGAGAAACGGAAGAAGCGCUACAGCGCCGGAGACAGCUUUGACGGCGUCCCGUCACCCUUGACCCCCAUCGAUCUGGACUCCGACGCAUCCCAGGUCUUCUCCGACCAAUCCAGUCCGGAGUCGCCUCCGAGAGAAGCCAAGUACUCCCUCGCCUCAGCCUCCCCUGUGAUCCCGAGGGCAGACUCGGGCAAAUCCCCCAGCCCCACGCCGCGAUACGAAGAGGACCACGUGCCCUCCAAGUCGUUGCUCUAUCGCAGAACCCACACCUCGCCCAAACCUGCCGAAGGAGUUCUAACCCCUCCUGCGUCGCCGCUGCUUAAAGUGAGCCACGGUGAGAUGGAGGAUUCGGCCGGCCGGAGUCCUCCCACGGCGGUCAGUCAGCUGCAGCGGGGCAACCAAGGCCAUGGGGACGAAGAACCCAAGGAGAAGAGGUCUUUCUUCCAGUCCAUCAACAUUCCCUGGAGGGACAAAGUGGACAGGAAGACCGAGCUCAUCAAAAAAGAGAAACCGUCGCUUCAGAGCAGGCACUCCCUGGACAGCGCCAGAGUCCAGGAGAAGGAGACGGGCCCUCUGUGGAUCACGCUGGCGUUGCAGAAGCAGAAAGGAUUCCGGGAACAGCAGCAGAACCGCGAGGACCGGCGCAGCCAACGGGAAGCCAAGCUGGCCGAGAAGCAAGCCCGGGAACGAGACAGUCUAGGCUUAGCGAUGACAGUUAGCCCCACGGAGAGCCGAGGUGGAAGCGCCAGCGUCAGUAUGAGCUCUAAAGCUCAGACGCCCGAAGAACCCAAGAGACCAGACAGCCUGCUGGGUCGCUUCGAAAAGCGAGAGCAACUGAAGAAAGCCAACACGCUGCCCAGCUCUGUCACCGUGGAAAUAGCCGACUCCACGCCGUCGCCCCCUGCUGUCAAGGAGGUGUCCAAACGCUUCCCGGCCGUGGACUCGCCGCAGGUGUCAACUGAGCCCGCCUGGCUGGCGCUGGCCAAGCGAAAGGCCAAAGCCUGGAGUGACUGUCCUCAGAUCAUCAAGUAACAAACCCCGCCAUCAAUCACCCCAUACACCCUCUAACUCACUGUAUCAGCGGUCCCCAAACAACCAAGCUGUGGACCGAUACCGCACCGUGGCGUAUUUUUAAAAAAAAAAAAAUGGAUUCAUCCUCAAAAUUAGAAAAUACUUUUUUUUUUUAAAUUAAAACAGCUUUGCAUCUUCCUGACACAGUCAUAAAAAAGCUACUAAAAUAAAACAAUUAUAAUGACUAAAACAUUGCUUCUGGUCCACGGCACUAAAAAAAAAAAAAAAAAAAAGUUGGGGGCCGCUGCACUCACUCUGCAACACACACACACCAGCUCUGCAUGGAGAGACCACACGACUGCACAAUGACUCCCAUGACACUUGGCUGCAUUCAAAUAUGAUAUGAAAAGGUUGCAAGCAUGCAGCUCAUACACAGAUAACACAUUUCGAUCGCUUUUGUGGCCAAUCACCGGGAUUGUAAAUACUCAGCAGCCUCCGGUGAAGCUCGUCAAGAUGGGAAAAAGUCACGAAGGGUCUCGCAAAGGGCUAGCAGGGCUAUUUCCACUGUGUUUGUGACGGAACGGAAGGGGGGGUGGGGGGUCGUGGGGGGUUCACCCGCCCACGCUCGGCUUCCGGUCACUUCCUGCUUGCUGUACAAUGUAGAUCGGGGGUAGGCAAAGGACGGUGUACAUUUUUUUUUAAAUUCAUUUACAAAUGGGCUGGUUACAAAAUGUAGCUGUCCAUUUUAAAAAUGAAACGUGGCCCUUGAGUACAAAGGUUUGCCUACUUCUGAUGUAGAUCCUGUUUGUUGGCCAUCAUCAUCUUCAUCACUUCCUCGGUCAAUGUUCUUCCUGCCGUAACCAUGUGCAACAUAUGUACUGUAUGUAAGACAGAGCCUUCUGUUUCUAACCUUGCUGGUGUACGCAAUGUUAUGUGUAACAAAAAAAAAAAAAAAAGUUUGGUAUUAUUUGCACUUUUGGCAGGGGUGGGGUCUCCCCCAAAAAAAAAACAUGAAGGGAAUUGUUCAAUGAAAAAAAAAAAAUGUUAUGAAGAAUUUAAAUAAAGAGGUCUGAACUGA